AUGCCAAAGGAUUUGGAGUUCCGCUUAGCGAUGGCCAAAUACGAGUUCCCGCAAAUACGUGAGAAGCUAGAACUGGCCAAGCUCUCACUGAACGAAUACCAAACCGAAUUAGUGAACAAAGCGAUCUUACAGAUCGGAUCGCUGGAAAUGAAAUUCAUUGACGUACUAGAUAGACUUAACGCCAUGAACCUAUUCAUCUGUCGGUGA